GAGCCCGCGCUGGGGCUUGGUUGCCGCCAUCAUGAUCUGCUUGGUGCUGACCAUCUUCGCCACCUUCUUCCAGGCAGCCUGCACCGGCGUGCACGAGCGGACCUUCCUGGCCGUGAAGCCAGACGGCGUGCAACGGCGGCUGGUGGGCGAGAUCGUGCGGCGCUUCGAGAGGAAGGGCUUCAAGCUGGUGGCUCUGAAGCUGGUGCAGAGCGCCCGCCGCGAAAUCGCACUGUGGUUCAGCACAGACGAGCUCCUGUGCUGGGAGGACAGCGCCGGGCACUGGCUGUACGAGUAGCCACCCGGGCAGAUGUGCGUGUCUAAAAGAGGCUGGGAUACUCCAGCAUCCUCCAGGCCUGGAGCGAGCCAGACUUCUGGGCCCCACCCCCCAGGGCUCCGAACAUCCCUUCUGCGCAGGGACCGUGGCGCCCCUGCAGGAAGGACCUCGUGUGGACUGCGCCCAGCCUUCCUGGCCAAGAGGAGCUACUCCGGAGUCAGAGCCUGCGUAUGGCGUCCACAGCACCCUGGGAACGUGCCAGGGCUUUUCAUGGUGCCCAGCUUCGUCCAGUGUUUCUUUUAAUAAUAAACGGAGGCAAAUCCUCA